UUAUGGUGUAUCCCAAGUGUGAAGUGAAAAUUAAGCAAAAAGGAAUCCAGGAUGUCAUUACCAUUCUACCAGAGGCAUCAUCAACAUUUUGAUCGUGCGUAUCGCCACAAGGAGCUGGAAUCCACCCUAAGUCAGUACCAAAAGGAAGAGAAAAGCAAAUCUGCAAUCUACUCUCAAGGAUCUUCUGCCUACAGUCAGGCAGCUGCAUUGACCUACCGCCAUGGUUCAGCAUCUUAUGACCAACAGUCCAUGAUAUCCAGUCAUGAUUUGGAUGAAGCUUAUGCCCAUGGAUCAUCAGUGCACAGUAAAAGAGCAGCAGCUUACAGUCUUGGAUCAGAAUCAAUCAAUAAGAAAGCUGAAGCCUACCGUCUUGGAUCUGAGUUGGUCAACAAGAAAGCCGAAGCCUACCGUCUCGGAUAUGAAACGUAUCAAGGAUUAAAGGAUUCCAGUAUAAUGAGAGGAGAGCAGUCUCUAAAAUUAAGUCCCAAAGCAAAACGGGCUAAGCAAAGUUUACUGUUGGAGGAAAAAGAAAAUACAUCUGUUGAUUAUGUAGUGCCUGUGUUCACAGGAAGACAAAUCCACAUCAGUGGAAUUACAGACACAGAAGAAGAAAGAAUUAAAGAAAGUGCUGCAUAUAUUGCCAGAAGGAACCUUUUUGCAACUGGUGAAGGAAUUAGUGCAAACAAAAAAAUAACUUCAUCUUCUGUGGAAGAAGAAAAAAAUAUAUCAAGAAAAGUGGCAAUACGAGAGUCAGCUGAACGGACAGCCCUAAAGAAAACGUUAAGAGAGACAGAAGAAUUUCACAGGAAACUGAAUGAGGAUAGUCUGUUACAUGCUCCUGAAUUUGUUAUCAAGCCUCGCUCCCAUACUAUCUGGGAAAAACAGAAUGUCAAACUACACUGCACUGUUACUGGCUGGCCAGAGCCUCGUCUUACAUGGUACAAAAACAAUGUGCCGAUAAAUGUCCAUGCUCAUCCUGGCAAAUAUGUAAUUGAAAGUCGAUAUGGGAUGCAUUCUCUGGAAAUUAACAAAUGUGACUUUGAAGAUACUGCUCAGUAUCGUGCUUCUGCCAUGAAUGUAAAAGGAGAGCUUUCAGCCUAUGCUUCACUGGUGGUAAAGAGAUACAAAGGAGAGUUUGAUGAAACUUGUUUCCAUGCUGGAACUGUCACCCUACCCAUCAGCUUUGGUGUUACUCCACAUGGCUAUGCCUCUAGAUUUGAGAUUCACUUUGUUGAUAAAUUUGAGGUCUCCUUUGGAAGAGAGGGUGAGACAAUGAGUCUGGGAUGCAGAGUUAUCAUCCAUCCUGACAUUAAACGUUUCCAACCAGAGAUCCAGUGGUACAGGAAUGGAGAACUGAUUACUCCAUCCAAAUGGGUCAAGACACACUGGAGUGGAGAAAGAGCUACAUUAACCCUUACUCAUGCUAACAAAGAGGAUGAAGGUCUUUACACCCUCCGUGUGGUGAUGGGAGACUACUAUGAGCAGUACAGUGCUUAUGUUUUUGUUCGAGAUGCAGAUGCCGAUAUCCCAGGAGCCCCUGCAUCCCCACUGGAUGUGAAGUGUUUGGACGCUAAUAAGGACUACGUCAUUAUCUCUUGGAAACAACCAGCCGUUGAUGGGGGAAGUCCCAUCUUAGGAUAUUUCAUUGAUAAGUGUGAAGUUGGCACUACCCACUGGUCCCAGUGCAAUGAGACUCCAGUGAAGUUUGCUCGCUUCCCUGUCACAGGAUUAAUAGAAGGGCGCUCCUACAUAUUCCGUGUCCGAGCUGUGAAUAAUGCUGGAAUAAGCAUUCCAUCCCGUGUUUCAGAGCCUGUGGCAGCACUGGACCCUGCUGAUAGAGCUAGGCUUAGAAGUCACCCUUCUGCACCCUGGACUGGACAGAUUAUUGUCACUGAGGAGGAGCCUACAGAGGGCAUUGUUCCAGGACCACCUUCAGAUCUCCAUGUUACAGAAGCCACAAAGAACUAUGUUGUGCUUAGCUGGAAACCUCCAUGUGAACGGGGCCAUGAGGGUGUCAUGUACUUUGUGGAAAAGUGUGUUGCAGGAACAGAAAACUGGCAGAGAGUAAACACUGAGAUCCCUGUAAAGUCCCCUCGCUUUGCACUUUUUGACCUAGCUGAAGGGAAAUCCUACCAGUUUCGUGUUCGCUGUUGUAAUUCAGCUGGAAUUGGUGAGCCCUCUGAAGCAACUGAGGCAACAGUGGUUGGUGACAAACUUGAUAUUCCAAGUGCCCCUAGCCAUGUUAUACCCACCAGGAAUACAGAUACUUCAGUGGUUAUCACUUGGACAGAGUCAAAGGAGGCCAAAGAACUGGUUGGGUACUACAUAGAAGCCAGCAAAGUUGGAUCUGGUCAUUGGGAACCAUGCAACAAUAAUCCAGUGAAAGGCACAAGAUUCACUUGUCAUGGACUCACUACUGGAGACCAUUAUACUUUACGUGUCAGAGCUGUUAAUGCAGCUGGGCUCAGUGAGUAUUCACAGGAGUCAGAAGCAAUUGAAGUCAAAGCAGCUAUUGGGGGAGGAAUGCUUCAUGGUGUCUGUCCUGGACUAAGUGGUAAAGCUGGUGGACUAACAGACCACACUACCAACUGGGAAGGCAUGCAUGAGUCCUCCCAGCCUGUCUUUGACACAGAUGCUUUGUUAAAACGCAAUGCUAAACCUAACAGACAAACAGUGCCCAGUAAGUCUGGUAAGCAGAGAAGUCCGACAGAAAAUAAAGUGAGUGAAACGAUCACUACACCCUCAUCACAAAAGACAAGUACCAAGCAGGCAAGUAAGUCUCAACCUGGGGAUCGCUCAUUGGAGAGACUGAAAAAGAAACAAGAUAUAGCUACUCCAUCGCCACCAUAUGACAUCACUGUGCUUGAAAGUGUUCGUGACUCAAUGGUUCUUGGAUGGAAACAGCCCAAAGCUAUUGGUGGGGCUGAAAUAACUGGCUAUUAUGUGAACUACCGAGAAAUUAUUGGUGGGAAACCUGGGGAGUGGAAAGAAGCUAACAUUAAAGCUGUGAGCGAGAGAGCUUACAGGGUACAUGACUUGAAGGAAAAUACAAUAUACCAGUUUCAAGUGGCUGCUGCUAACUUAGCUGGACUUGGCAUUCCAUCUCCAGCUAGCCAAUCCUUCAAAUGUGAAGAAUGGACCAUUGCUGUUCCAGGUCCACCCCAUGAUUUGUCUUGCAGUGAAGUCAGGAAAGAUUCUUUGGUUUUAUUAUGGAAGCCACCAAUUUAUGUUGGCCGAAGUCCUGUUACUGGCUUUUAUGUUGACAUGAAAGAAACAAGUGCCACAGAUGAACACUGGAGGAGUGUGAAUGAGAAGGCAACUACAUGCAAAUUCUUGAAGAUAAGUGGCCUAAAAGAAGGAACCAGUUAUGUGUUCCGUAUACGAGCAGCAAACAAAGCUGGAGUUGGGAAACCUUCAGAUUCCACUGACCCUGUAGUAGCUGAAACUCGACCAGGAACAAAAGAAGUUGUUGUUGAAGUAGAUGACAACGGAGUCAUUUCACUGAACUUUGAAUGUGAUCAGAUGUCUCCAGACUCUAAAUUUAUCUGGUCCAAGAAUUAUGAACCAAUUGAUGAUGACUCCCGAUUAGCCAUUGACACGAAAGGCGGAAAGUCAAAAGCUAUCUUUAAAGAUCUUAGUGAAGAAGAUCUGGGCAUUUACUCCUGUGUUGUCACAGACACAGAUGGCGUCUCUUCAAGCUAUACUAUAGAUGAAGAAGAAAUGAAGCGCCUUCUUGCCCUCAGCCAUCAGCACAAAUUUCCAAUUAUUCCCCUUAAGUCAGAGUUGACAGUAGAAAUUCUGGAGAAGGGGCAAGUGCGAUUCUGGAUGCAGGCUGAGAAACUUUCUGGCAACGCUAAAGUCAACUUUGUAUUUAAUGACAAAGAAAUUGUUGAUGGACAGAAAUAUAAGAUGAAGAUUGACCGUAAUACUGGUCUAAUUGAAAUGGUAAUGGAUCGACUUGAAGAUGAGGAUGAAGGUACUUACACCUUUCAACUUCAAGAUGGAAAAGCUACCAAUCAGUCCAGCCUUGUUCUUAUUGGUGAUGUGUUCCAGAAGCUACAGACAGCAGCAGAAUUCCAGAGGCAAGAGUGGUUCAGAAAACAAGGACCACAUUUUGUUGAAUAUCUGGGAUGGGAAGUUACCCCUGAAUGCAAUGUGUUAUUGAAAUGCAAGGUGGCUAAUAUUAAGAAGGAAACACAUAUAGUUUGGUACAAAGAUGAAAGAGAGAUAAUGGUUGAUGAACAGCAUGACUUUAAGGAUGGUGUUUGUACUCUGCUGAUAACAGAGUUUUCUAAGAAAGAUGCUGGUAUUUAUGAAGUAAUAUUGAAAGAUGAUAGAGGAAAGGACAAGAGCAUAUUGAAGCUUGUGGAAACAGCUUUUGCAGAUUUGAUGACAGAAGUAUGCAAGGUGAUAGCUCUAUCUGCAACAGAACUGAAAAUCCAAAGCACAGAAGAGGGUAUCAGAUUAUAUUCCUUUGUUAACUACUACCUGGAAGAUCUGAGAGUGAGCUGGUCACACAAUGAAGCCAAAAUCAAGUACACAGAAAGAGUGAAGACUGGUGUCACUGGGGAACAAAUCUGGUUACAGAUUAAUGAGCCAACACCCAAUGACAAAGGCAAAUAUAUCAUGGAACUCUUCGAUGGUAAAACUGGACACACUAAAGUGGUGGAUCUUUCUGGGCAAGCAUAUGAUGAAGCCUUUGCUGAAUUCCAGCGGUUAAAAGCAGCUGCUAUUGCAGAGAAAAAUCGUGCUCGGGUGCUUGGAGGUCUGCCCGAUGUUGUUACUAUCCAGGAAGGCAAGGCGCUUAAUCUUACUUGCACUAUCUGGGGAAAUCCUGUCCCAGACAUUUCGUGGCUGAAGAAUGAAAAGCCUCUGAUAGGAGAUGACCAUGUCAUCCUGAAAUUUGAAUCUGGAAAACAUGCCUGCUUCACCAUCACCAGUGUCAAUACAAUUGACUCAGGGAGAUACAGUCUUGUAGUGAAAAACAAAUAUGGCACAGAGACAAGUGAUUUCACUGUAAGUGUGUUCAUACCUGAAGGGGAAGGGAAUGAGAUACCACAGCCAGAAGUUGACAAAGGAGAUAAGAAAAAGAAAGUGUGAUGCUAAAACUAAGAAGGACACAUUGGGGAGAGCUAGAGUUCUACCUGGAUUGAUGAUGUGUGUAAACUGUUUUCCGAUGCAUAGUAGGUAGAUCUGGCUCCUUCCACUUACUUCACUAGAGGCACUGAGACUUACUGAUACCCAGAAAAAACAUUAACAGUCCCACCCCAUUUUUCUGACACAUGUUCUAACCCUUCUCUCAUCACAUCAUUCACUCUUUAAUUGUGCCAACUUGUUGAGGAAUGCAUGUGGGUUGGCUGUUUUCACAAGUCUACGUGUUCAUGAACUACAAGCAACAGAUUUAAGAAAGUCAUUUAAUUAAAAUCAUUCGUGAAGGAAGUGAAAGGAUAAGGAAUAAUCUUGAUUGAGUGGGGAUACUUUUCUCACAGGGAAUCUAGAUUUGACCAUACUGAUAAUCUAGUAUCUACUGAGUGUAUUGUAGAAUAGUACUAGAAAACGGAUGUGUAAAGCAAACAAACAUGAAUUGUUGCUAUGAUAUUAAUACACAUGAAUGUCAGUGAAAGAUUAUUCACCCUCCUCAGUCUUCACAAAUAAAUGAAACACUUUUAUUUCA